AGCCGAACGAGUCGAGUCGGCUCGAGCAGCAACAGAGAAUGGGGGGCGGCGGCGGCGGCGGCGGCGGGAGCCCGGCGGCGAGCGGCAGCGGGAGCAGCAGCGAGGAUGACGGGGACGCCGCGUGGAAGGCGGCCAUUAACUCCAUCGCUGCUGUGGGGUUCGGCGUCCCGUCGUCCAACGGCGUGGCGAAGGCGGUCUCUGGCGGCAGCGGCGAGGCGGACAGCGACGCGGAGCUGGAGCAGCCGCAUGAGGGGAAGCCACAGGCUCCUAAACUUAAGCUGUACCAGAUCAAGGUAAGAAAUAUGUUGGAUGAUAUUUUAGAGAAAAAUCUUGAAAUAGUCAAAGCUCCUUGCUUGAACUUAACUGACCCUACGGAAACAGAAGGAGGAAUAAAGUUAUUUAAAAAAGCACCACCAGGUAUUAAAAUGGAUUCUACAGAUAAAUUGCAUGUGCAACUCAAGAGGCCAAGAAUUGUGCCUGGGGAAGAGAUUGAUGAGAAAUCAAAGAAGUUCAGGCAUAUGCUCCGGUCUGUUGUUGUUGAUGGCAGUGACAUUCUUGUUUCCGCAAAGAAUGCAUCCCAGAGAUCUUUGGCUAGAUUAGAAGCGAGAGAAACUGCAGCGAAGGCAAAAGCGAAGAGGGAGGAAGAAAGGGUGCAGGAGCUGAAGAAGGUUAGAGGAGAGAAAUGGCUUCCUUCCAUUGCUAGACAAAUGAAGGAAGAAAAAGAUUGGGAGCAGCGAAGGCAAUGAACCGCAGAUCGAUGGAGCUGCAUACGCUGAUCUCUAAGUCCAGAUAUCCUAGUGCCCUUUCCUGAGUGACCAAAAGUACUGUGCCCAAUUUCUAACAUCUGGCCAUGGUGAUAGGAUCAAGAUAGAUUGCCCUAUUGAAGAUCUUUUGUUCUAAUUGAGAAUGCAGAUUUGGAUACCAGUGCUCCUUUUUCAUGCAAGUUCUGUAGUAAAAUUUGCGGUUGACAUUCCAGAAUGUGAUAUGGUAGCAAUCUGCCCUAGAAAAUACAUUUAAUUUCUCUUUUCUUUACGCGGAAGACAAACUUGCGAAUGAACGGCAACUUUUUUUGAGCUGAGUA